AUAAGUCGAUUGUUAUUUAACUAUACUUAUUUUAGUUAAUACUUUAUACUAAAAAAAUCAAGAUGAGACAACUCAAUACAAAUGAAUAAAACAGAAUUUAAAAUUAACAACUGAUUUAGUGUUAAGUACAUCUAAGUAAAAGAAAAAUUAUUGAUUUAUAAGUGUUUUUUUUUAAUUAAGAUGUUUUCUUACAAAUCUACACUUUCUGAUAGUAUAGAUGGUUAUCAAAAACUAGAACUUUUGGGUAAAGGUGGAUUUGCAUGUGUAUAUAGAGCACAGUGUCGUCAAACUGGACGUGAAGUAGCUAUUAAAGAAAUUGAUAUUUGGAUGAUGAAAAAGCAAAACAUGAUAGAACGUGUUAGACAAGAAGUUAAAAUACAUAGUCAAUUAAAGCAUCCAUCAAUUUUAGAAUUGUAUACAUUUUUUGAAGAUUGCCAACAUGUUUAUUUAGUUUUAGAAUUGUGUCAUAACGGUGAAUUGCUUCAAUAUUUAAAACUAAAUGGAAAUAAAUUAUCAGAGAUAGAAGCUAGAUAUAUAUUAAGACAAGUUGUUGAAGGUUUAUUGUACUUGCAUAAACAUAACAUUGUACAUAGAGAUAUGACCUUAACAAAUUUGUUAUUGACAAAAGACAUGCGUAUUAAAAUUGCUGAUUUUGGUCUUGCUACUCAGUUAAAUUCUAGAGAUGAAAAACACAUGACAAUGUGUGGUACUCCAAAUUACAUAUCACCAGAAGUUGCAACUCGAAGUUCUCACGGCUUAGAAACUGAUUUAUGGGGAUUAGGAUGUUUAUUAUAUACUUUACUAGUGGGUCAUCCACCAUUCGAUACUGAUGCUAUUAAAAGUACGUUAACCAAAGUUGUUAUGAGUAAUUUUUCAUUACCUAAUUAUUUAUCAAGUAAAGCUAAAGAUCUAAUUAACUGUUUAUUAAGAAAAAAUCCAAGAGAUCGUAUAGAUUUACAAGGUGUAUUAAACCAUGACUUUAUGAAAGAAAAAAUUUUAAAUGAUGGAAAUUCUAUAUGGGUUCAGCAGUCUCAUUUCACUGAAGAUAGUGGCUUUAAUACAAUUUCAUUUAAUAAAGAUAAAUUAUGUGGUUCAUCCACAGGUUUUAACUAUCCACAGCCAUUUUUAAAUCCUAACUAUGAACAAAAUUACCAAAGAAGUUGUGGUAGUUCAAAUUUAAAUGUGUUACCACCAUGUCGGGGUUAUAUUUUAAGUUCUGAACUAAAUAAACAAGAAUGCUGUCAUUCAUCAAGUAUAAUGCAUAGUUUCAGUAACCAUAAUAAUAAUGUACAAAAUAGAUGUCCUAUUUCAUCUCAACAUUCUGAUAAUAAAAAAAUGUCUGUUUUUGACAAUCAAUUUUUACAAUCUUUCAAAACAUUUCCUGAUACAAGCUCAUCUAACAAAAUGGCUAGUUGUUUUACAACAGCACGUUUACAAAAACAUAGACAUAAAACAAAGAAUAAAGUCUUAAGUAUUUUAGAAAAUGGAGAAGUAUGUGUAGAAUUUGUUAAAAUAAAAUCUAAAUCAAAAGAAGAACGAGUUGUUGAAGUUAUUCGUAUUUCACCUGAUGGACAACAUAUGGUAGUUUAUAAGCCUAAUGGAGAAAGAGGGGUAAAAUUACAAGAUGAACCACCUUCAAUUCCACAAAAAGGUGCUGAUGAAGUGUACAGUUAUGAGUCUUUACCUCAACAACAUUGGAAAAAAUAUGCUUAUGCAGCCCAAUUUGUUAAUUUAAUAGCUUCCAAAACAGCCAAAGUUGUUUUAUACAGUGAUAAAGCAAAAUGUUUAUUGAUGGAAGAUGGUAAAGCUUUCGAGGCACAUUUUUAUAAUGGAACUUUAGUAUCAAAUAUUGGAAGUGGCAUUACUAAAAUUAUAGUUGAUGGAAAAACAAAAUCAUUCAGUACGCCUGAGUACUUGAAUGAAAUUGAAAAUAUGAUUUAUAACCAAUUUAAACAAUAUUAUGAACAUUGUUGUUUAGUUGAGAAAACGUUAGCAGCCAUUGAUACAAGUUCUAAUGGUAUAACAAUUUUUCCUGUAACAUUAGGAAGAAGACCAAACACAAAAAAUAAUUUAAAUAUAACUCCUAAUAAUGAACAAGUAAAAAGUUCAUUUUUAGUUAAAUCAGGUGAAGUUUGUAUAACUUAUGGUGAUGGAUCUCAAGUCACUCUUGACACAAAUACAGGGAAGGUUAAAUGUGAAACAGUUCAAGGUAUAACAAUGAUAUACGACCAAAAAGAUAGACAUCUUUUACCAGAGUGGGCAAAAAAUUGUCUAAAAGAAAUCCCCCAUUUAUUAAAACCAUCAGAAAAUUGGAAGUGGCCAAAUAGAUAAUAUUGACUAAUAAUGUCUACAAUGAAUUCCUCUUCCUAACCAUAUUAUCAAAAUGAAGAUUGACUGACUUUAACUUUUUUUUAUUAAUCUUCAAUAAUAACUUCAUUUAUCACAUAUUGUACAUUUAUCUGAAUAGAUGAUAUCUAUGUAAAGUUUACCAAUUUUCUUAUAAUUUAAUUUCUAAUUUUAUGAUGAUAAGUAUCUUUUAAUUAUUACUCUACCUUUUUAGGUAAUUUAUUAUCUAAAAAAAAAACUUCUGUUUUAUGAAGUCUAAUCAUGACAAUUUUUGUUUUUUAUUUUUGGUUAUAUGUUAUAGGUUUUAUUUUUUUAAAUCUAAAACUAUUUUUAUACCUGAGAAGGUAGAAUAUUUUUGCAUGUAUUUGAAGUACACAUUUAAAUAAUAUAUCAGUAUUAUUAUA